UGAAUAUUAUUCUUCCCACUAAAGCAGGAGAUAAAUGUAUUGAGCUUCCUAAAAAAAAUGAUUUCUCACCAUAAGUCAGGUACUGCUGAAAGAGAUAAGCUUCAGAUAAGUUUACUAAGUUCAAAUUCAUGUUAUUUGACCUCUGCACCAAGAAGUGGGAUUUAGUAUUAAACUACUUAAAUGCACACUUUAGAAACACUCGGAUGCCAAUCGUUUUUUAAAGUUGUCAUAAAGAGCCAAAAUCAAGCUAAGGGCCACCCGCAGACGGUUAAAAUGAUCCCUCUCCCUUCUUUUCUAACCGAAGUCCACCUUAGUUAAAUUCUGGCCAUCACUUCUCUCCCACCUGUAUCAGAGCAACGGAAGGCAGGAAAAAAAAAAAAAAAUUAAUAGGGAGAACGGGGGGCUAAGCUUUAAAAGAACCAAAGCGCCCAGAACGGGCCCCUUUCCGUCGCCCCCGCAAGUACUACUACGGCCGCCAAAGCGAGGCGGCCGCGGCGGCUCGGCUCAGCCCAGCCGGUGAGGCCUACGUCCCGCUCACUGCAAGCGGCGCGCGCCAAUAGGCGAAGCCAAGCCAGCCAAGCAGGCGGCGAAGGAGGAAAGCGGGGGAGGGGAGGCUCCUGCUGCUGUUGCCGCCACAGCGCUCGUCGCCGCCUCCCCCCCCCGUCUCUCCCCGGCGGGGGCUCCUCGCUACAGCCUCUCUGCUCCGCUCUCGGUCAUGUGACCCUAACGUAACCGGACAGGAAAAGCCGCCGCCGCCGCGCUGACUCCGUUGUUGGCGCUGCUGCUGCUGCUGCUGCUGGGCUGGCGGAGACCGCGGGCCCCCCCCCUCCCCGAAAGCGCGAGCCAGAUUUUAAAAGAUGGAUUUGGCCAACCAUGGACUUAUUCUUCUACAGCAGCUUAAUGCUCAGAGGGAGUUUGGUUUCCUGUGUGACUGCACAGUUGCUAUUGGUGAUGUGUACUUUAAGGCACACAAAUCCGUCCUUGCCUCUUUUUCAAACUACUUCAAGAUGUUGUUUGUUCAUCAAAGCAGUGAAUGUGUCCGCUUGAAGGCAGCUGACAUACAACCAGAUAUUUUCAGUUACCUCUUGCAUUUAAUGUACACUGGAAAGAUGGCACCUCAGCUCAUAGAUCCUGUUCGACUCGAGCAAGGGAUAAAAUUCUUGCAUGCAUACCCGUUGAUCCAGGAGGCCAGCCUUGCCAGCCAAGGAAACUUUGCACACCCAGAGCAAGUUUUCCCAUUGGCAUCAUCAUUAUACGGUAUUCAAAUUGCAGAUCAUCAAGCAAGAAAUCCCACAAAGGCAGUGACAGCACCUGACAAGCCUUUGCGAGAAGCACGGUCCCAGCUCUCAAGAGUGAACCAAGAACAGGUGCAUGAACCCUCCCAAAUAUCCCAGAUACCACCACCAAGUUUGCCUCAAGUGCCCCCAACAAAUAUAGCUCCCCCUGACCCACUGCAAUCUUCACUGUCUCCUGAGUUGGUAUCAGCUCCAUCUCAUCCUUCACCUGGAGAUGAAACCAACAUGGAAGCCUCUUCCUCAGAUGAUCAAACUGCCUCUCUCACAAUAGCGCAUAUCAAGCCAAGCAUUAUGAAAAAAAAUGGAAGCUUUCCCAAAUACUAUGCCUGUCACCUGUGUGGUCGACGUUUCAAUUUGCGAAGUAGCUUGCGUGAGCAUCUCCAAAUUCACACAGGAGUGCCCUUCACAUCCAACCAGCACGGGGAAAGUAGCAUUCCCUUGUCCCUGUGUAAUAAUGCUCCUGAAAAAGAUGCUAUGGAAGCGACUGAAGCCGGAAUGAUCAGUGACAGUGAGCUGCAGCAGGUCUCAGAUUCACCCAUAAUUGAUGGGCAGCAGCAAGCAGAAACCCCCCCGCCCUCGGAUAUUGCUGAUAUUGACAAUUUGGAGCAAGCAGAUCAAGAAAGAGAAGUGAAAAGGCGGAAGUAUGAAUGCUCCAUUUGUGGACGCAAGUUCAUUCAGAAAAGCCACUGGAGAGAGCACAUGUAUAUACAUACCGGCAAGCCUUUCAAGUGCAGUACUUGUGACAAAAGUUUCUGCCGGGCCAAUCAAGCUGCUAGGCAUGUAUGUCUCAACCAAAGCAUGGACACCUACACUGUGGUGGACAAGCAGACUCUGGAGCUCUGUACAUUUGAGGAAGGCAACCAGAUGGACAACAUGUUAGUACAGACCAACAAACCCUAUAAGUGCAACUUGUGUGACAAGACGUUCUCCACGCCUAGCGAAGUUGUCAAACAUUCUUGCCAAAGUCAGAACUCGGUCUUUACUUUAGAAGAGGAAAGAUCCAUUCUGCUAAGUGGAGAUGCUGAAACUACAGAGAGUGAUCAUUCAGUUUUAGACUCUAUCAAAAAAGAACAGGAAGCAGUAUUGUUAGACUGAUCGUGAAACUUGGGUUUUGUUUUUUUGUAACAACAGGUUAUGUUUGUUUAUUCAUAUUUUUUAUUAAACUUAUCUUCCUCCCUCAUCCCCCCACCAUAACUUCACUGACAUGAAAGGAAGUCUGGCCCUUUUCCCAGCCUAACGUUAAUAAAGGGUAUUAUAUCUAUUAAUUUUAAUGAUAAGAAAGAAAAUAUGUAAGAGUAAUUCUUUAUCUUGGAAACUAUGCUACAGUGAUAAACGGCUCAAUGACAGGACUGUAAACAAUUCGGAAGAUUGUUUAAUUAUAUGCUUGUAUGCACUGAGAAGGUGAGAAGAAAACUCUUGGUCAAGUUUCAAUUGUUUAUUCUCAAACCUGAUUACUUGUUAGAGGAAGAUUAGUUAAGCAAAUUGAAUUACUAAAUGAAAUACCUAUAGUUAUGCCUAUUAGUCAUUUCAGAAACUCCUUUAAUAGAAGCAAUCCAUUUUUUUUAACCUACACAAUUUUUGACAAAUGUUUACAUCAGCUCAGUCCACUGAUAUUAUGUCCAUUCACUAAGAAUAAGAAUAUGAUCCUAAGCAUAGUUGAGUUGGCGGUAGAUCCUAUCCAAGGCACUCAAACUACUAAGCAAAAUGUGCUUAGGAUCAUAUUUCAUUAAAAUAGCAGUAAUAAUGUGAUGGCAAUCAUUUUAUAUGCAUAAUGUGUGUGCCUGUGUGCGUGCACAAGUGUAUAUACUUCAGACAUGUAUGUACCGCAUGCACCCUUUUCAAAUUGAUUACUUUUUUGAACAACUGAACGGUUUUUAAUAUCAGUAAAAAUACACUUUUUAGAAGCGUAUUUAAAUUACACCGACCAUAUGACUAUUUAUAUCUCAUUGAACGGAAACAAAUAAUGUUGAAAUUUAUUAUUGCUCAAAACCUGAAGGAAGUGAAUUAGAAGAACUCCACAAAGUAGUCUUUGUACCCAACUCCCUAUGGGAGUAACAGUUUUCAGCCUGUUUUUGAGAUACAGAAAAAAAGAAAAACAAUCAAAGCAAUUGUCUGAAUUCACCUGAUUAAUAUGUGAAAAUUAAGAGAAAGGGAAGCUGAUCUUAUUUUUUAAUUACUAGCAUCAUUUUAUAACACAACAAAAUAGAAGAAUGACCAAAUUAUAUCAUGGUUGGUUUUCAGGUUAAAGGGGAACUUUGAGUGGCAUCCUCUCUGUUCUUUGUAUUACAUUUUCUUAGUUCCAGUUUGGCAAAAUAGGCAACAAAUAAAGGGCACACAUUGUACAGUCACUUUUGCUAUGGACAGUCUAUUCACCAUUCAAAAUCAGGUUGUUGAUUUUUAUCUUUAAUAUAUAAAUAUAUGGAUAUUCUCCAAUAGCCUAAAAAAACCCUAAAUUGACAAGUGUUUUCUAAAAUCCCACUGAAAUGCAGGCAAGUAUUUUGAUGGGGGAGAAAGGGGAGCAGAUAUUGCUCUACUCUUGUAUACAUGUUUUGUUUAAGUAUCAUCUUUUUUGUGUCUAGAUAUGUUCUCCAGUUUGUAAGUUUUUAUACUUUUAUUUCACAGAAU